CCCCGGGAACAUUCCUGAUGUUGGAGUGACAUGGCCAGACAGAGAACUUGAGCUAAACCCGCCUCUAGUCAAGCUUUGACUUGCUAUACUACGUGGGGGUUGCUGAAAAUUCAGAUUUGCCAUAGCAUAUGAUAGACCUGUGACAAAGAAAUGUCUACAUUACCAUAAUUUUCUGAAAGAACUUCCUAUUCAAUUAACACAAUCACUUCAGAAGUAGAGAUAAGUUAAAAUGCACACAUCGUGUCAAGUUGCAAAAACUAAUCAACUCACAACACAGUAACAACUCAAGAGUAUCUGUCAGCAAAGAGUGCUGUGUACUGAACUGUGUUUUUCGCGAAUUGUAACUCUUUGUUACUGUCUCUUCAUUGCAGUAACUAGGUAUCGGAGUAAACAAAAUUGAAGCGAACGUAUUUUUUCAAAUUAUACGUUCUACAAUUAACAGAAACAAAGAAGAAAAGCACUGUUAUCUUAAGUUACAUGGACAAAAUAUACGCAUACAUAAAAAAAUUGAUAAAAAAUCACGAUCACCACACUUCUUUUAAAACGUAUUCACAAAAGUAUAGAACACUCGCGGAAAAUCUACGUAAUAACUUACGAAUAAAAGAGCAAUUCCGCCUUAUAUUUUUCUUGGCAACAAAUAAUAGGGAAAAUAGAUUUCUGCCAUAUUAGCAACCUGAAUGCCAUCUAAUAAAAUCCAAAUGAGAAUCAACAUUCAUUUCAGUUCGUUUAAUUAAGGUCAAGGAAAUCCUUUGUAAAUGUUAAACAGAUUUCACAAAAUAAAAUAAUAAGAUUUUUAAUUAUAAGUUUUAUUCGACAUAAGCAAAUUCAAAUAUUUCCCUUAUUAUUGAACAUUUUCACUUCCGUAGUAUCACGAGCGAUCAUAUGAUCAUCAGAUCGUCUGGUGCAGCAGUGUAUGCGGAGUGUGAGCUUUGAAGUUUGAAAUAAUCGUUAUUUCAUUUUUGAAGCCGUAGGGCACCUUCUUUUAAAACACCUCAUCUUACAUUUUAUCUGCUGCAAAAUGGCUUUGAGCGAUGCGGAUGUACAAAAGCAGAUUAAACAUAUGAUGGCCUUCAUCGAACAAGAGGCCAAUGAAAAAGCUGAAGAAAUCGAUGCCAAAGCUGAGGAAGAAUUCAAUAUUGAAAAAGGACGUCUUGUGCAGCAGCAACGUCUCAAAAUAAUGGAGUUUUAUGAAAGGAAAGAGAAGCAAGUGGAACUGCAAAAGAAAAUUCAGUCUUCCAACAUGCUGAAUCAGGCUCGACUAAAAGCAUUGAAAGUUAGAGAAGACCAUGUGCGUAACGUUUUAGAUGAUGCUCGAAAACGUUUGGGAGAUGUGACUGCAAAUCCAAGCCAGUAUCAAAAAGUACUGCAGCAGUUAAUUAUUCAAGGCCUUUUUCAGUUGCUGGAACCCAAUGUGACACUUCGCGUUCGGCAAGUGGAUCGCUCUCUUGCUGAGGCUGCUGUUGUAAUAGCACAACAGGAAUAUGAAUCGAAGACAAAUCGCAAAGUCCAGGUUAAGAUUGAUUCUGAUACAUAUCUUCCUGCUGAGACAACUGGAGGGGUUGAACUUCUGGCACAACAGGGACGUAUAAAAAUUGUGAACACAAUGGAAGCAAGGCUGGAUCUUAUUGCUCAGCAGUUAGUGCCUGAGCUCCGAUCAGCGCUGUUUGGCAAGAAUCCCAAUCGCAAAUUUACAGAUUAGAUGGUCUUAUCUGAACUUUCCACACAUUCCAGUUUGAUCCCUGAGUAGAUUCCAGGUUGUGACACCCUGUUGUCUCCUAUGUGUAUGUACUGUAGUGGUUGUACAACUGUUGAAUGUUAUAUAUAGCAAGUCUUGUUGUUUCGAUAGUCAAUGGCUUCAUUGUUUCAAAGAAAUUAAAAUAAUAUUUUCCUUGUUAAUAGUGUGUACACAUACUCAGUGCUAAACUUUGUAAGAUACUUGCAAUAAUAUCAUUUGUGGAAGUGUAUUAGUUUGCUUUCAAGAAGAGAUUGUAUAACAAGUAAUUCAUAUUACAAAAUUAAUACCCUCCAAAUCGGAUUGCACUGCUAAAUAUAGCACAGACCUUUUUUGGCAUGCUGUAUUGUCAGAUUUCCAUCUUGCCAGGUAACCAGCAAAUGUGCUAUAUUUGAUAAUGUAAAUGUAUUACUGAGUGAGCAAAUUCUUUUAGAUAAUCUGUACUUUAUUUUGCCUUAAACAAAAAUGUGGUGUAUAGUUGGUGUAGGUAUUAUCAAAGUGUUCAGUACACAGAUUUGUUCAUUUAGUUGUAAAUAUGUACAUGGCAAAAGGGACAUACUGUAUCAAAAUAAACUAUUGCUGUUAAACAUAGAAAAGUUGUUACUGAUAAAAACAAUUCAAGACUAAAAUUUCCUACUAAACUUGUAUUUAACUUUGUAAAUAAGUCUAUUUAGAUAUUAUGCAAUUCAUAUAAAUUAUGUAAUUAUGUUUUUGUAUUUGUGUAUAUAUACUUGUGUAUAUCUGCUGUUUAGUUUAUUAGAUCUGAUCAAUUGGCUCUAGGAUAACUUCAAAGAAAAACAAUUAUCUCUGCAGAUCCUUCUUUUAUUUGAAACAAAAUUUUUAAAAGUAGAUACAUAAAAAAUAAUGAUUUUCUCAAUCGUCACACAAUAAAGAGUAACAUAAGCAAACAAUAUUCUCAAGUUAAUUUUAUCUAUUAUAUUAAAGUGACUGUAUGUAUUCUUGUUUUACAAAAAACUUCUGAACCACCGCAGCAAUUGCUUUAAAAUUUUUUGAACACUUACUAAUAGCGGAGGAAAAUUCUAGCAAGUUACGAUUUAAAAAACUUGUGUAAAAUGUGUUUUUUAAACAAAAUUUAGUUAAAUAGCUCUAGAUAAUGUACUUGUUGGGCAUGCAAACCAUUGUGAAAUUGUGGAGGCUAUCAUGGCACAAUCUUUGAGGGAAUGGAAGGUAGAUAUUGCCAUAAUACGCUAACAGAUACUGCAAUGAUCUGUUGUUGAAAUCACACCUCAACAAAAUUGCAAAUUAGAUAUGUGGAAAUCACCUGUUCUGACAUAAUAGCUAGAUGUUAGUUUUGUAUGGGUGAAAAUAGAUGGAGUACGUCUGUAACUGCUAUAUUUGAUGAAUUAAGCAAUUCCUUGACCCUUUAGACUUUUAUACACCAGGACUCAUGAUAGUGGGUGAUUUCCCUAUGUGGGUCGUGGAGCUAGUGGUUUGACAAAGAACUGACUAGUUGACCUACACUGGAACUUUUCUCCCUAUUGAACAGUGCUCUUCAACAGUAAAGACGCGAGUUCGUGUGAAAGCUUGCCAAGAAGUCAAGUACCGUGGAGAGACAGUGAUCACUACACUCAAAGUAAUUGCCUAGCAAGUCUGAACAAAGUGCUAAAUCAAAAAAUGUUGGAUCGAGAUAUAAAGGAAGAUGGAAAACCAAAGCGUUUAAGUAUUUGACCUUUAAAGAAGAUAAUACCAUUAGCGACGGCACAAAGACUGGCCAAGAGUUGGGUAACGAGUUUGCAAUGCAACUUUGCCCAAGCGAAGAACCGACCAAAAAUCGACGUUCCACUGUUAACUAGUGGAAGGAAGAUAUAGCUCAUCUGCGUCGACGCCAACUUCCAGCUCGGAAAUUUUACCAGCGAUCUCGUGGCAAGCGUUUGUGCCUUUUGCCAGAGCAGUUAAUAACUUGAACGAAAUCGCUGAAGAUCGCAAUCCGGAAAAGUAACGCUGGCGAAAUGGACAAAAGAUUGAAGCGGGGCAAGUCUAGAAAGUCACAUCAACACAUCCAACCAGCGCAAAACACUUCUUCUCAGAAUUGUGACUCCCCCCCCCCCCCCAGCGAGCCAACUAAGAUAUUGCCGCUGAAGUCAGAAAUGAGUGAUCAAACUGUAAUUCUUUGCAUGCUAUAUGACCACGAGCG